UCAGUUGAAGCUAACUCUCUGCGGCGGUGAGAGCACUGCUCAGUCUACGCGUGUCCAAGGAAGUGUAUUUCGUUUUGUCGUGAUUUUUGCGCUGGCUUGAGCUCGCGCAAUUCAUUCUGGUCGUGACUAUUUAGCGAUGAUCUGUGCAAUUUGAUUCGGUGAAAAAUUGCAAUCAGUGACAACAAGAAAAGCACCAUUUAGUGCGCUAUUUGUUUAUGGCCAUCGUUAAUCAACGCUCGCAGCAGUUCGCGCGCGAGGUGCAUGUGGUGAAGGAGUUGCUUGCGAUUGAAAUUCACGCGACAAAAAGUGCUAUAAUCAACAAACCGGUGCGGUGUGAAUUUGAAAUAUCGAGGAAAUUGUCUACGUCUGAGCUCGCUUAAGAUUCAAAGUGUUGUGCGGCAGCUAUGGUCAUGCUUCUGCUCCAGACGUUCGAUACGCCGCGUUGUCCAGAUGUGAACUAAAUUUAAAAUCUCAGCGUUCGCUUUCAUCGUACUGGGAUGAUAUUUUUGAAGUAGCUCACCAGGAGAGCUCCUCAUCGUCACAGACAAGCGGUUGUUGUUAUUGGAUAAGCAUUUUCGAAUGGGAGAGAAGUGAAGGCAUUACAUAGUUGGGAUGGGUAUGAUGCAACGAUGAUAAAAGAUAAGUUGAUAACGAGAGAUAUACGAAAAUCCUUCGAUUUAAAGUGCUCUGCAGAGGAUAGAAGUGUUUCAAACAUACAAAGUAACACACAGCUUAGUGCCUAAUGAGUUGUUUACUCUAGCGAAUACGAAGACGAAAGGAGACGAAUUUUGCUGUGUUUACAGAAAAUAAAAAAAACGGUCAUAAGUGAUUCGGCUAACCCAAACAAACCGGUCGCGUUCGCAGUUUAUCGAGUGUUCGAUUGUUCAGUACGAAUACAAACGGCAGCAUAAGUGCCAAGUGUUUCAUUGUUAGUGCUGCUCCUAUCUUGAUAGUGCUCUCCGGUGGCUGUGGUUUCCGAAUAAGAAUAAGAGGCAAUUUGUUAACCUCGAAGGAGUAAAAGGAAAAAAAAAGUCGACCAUAUCAACUGUGUGGAGUGAUUCGAAUUUAUGCGCAAAGCAGAGGGCGACUGUGAUAAGUCGCUUGUUUUUUUUUCAAUUUCGAGUUUUGAGAACAAGUCGUUCCGUUUGUUUUGGGUUGCGAGAGUGUAGCCAUUGCGCGGAAAGCUUUGGUUCUCUUUAUUGAACGUCGAUACUGGACGUUAAGAAUCAACAGAAAGAGAGGACGUGACUAAAAUUUAAAACAAACAAAUCAUUCGUUCCGACGACGAGGAUCAGAAGAAUUUCGCUCUACACAAGCCGCUGCAGCCGUUGGUGCAUUCGUAUGAUCCGUACGUGAGGGAGGAUCGAGACCUUAUUUCAACGGACAACGUGUUUCAGCAAUAAAUUGAAUAAAUCAUCGCCCUGCAAUCUGCACGAUUGCAAACACAAAAAAACAGCUGCAGUCACAAAGACUUAUAAUACGCUCCCUCGAAAUCAACUUUCAAUUCAGUUCAACGGAAUGAUCCAAAGCGUAAAAAGUUCUCACAUUACCGACCCGUUCCCACUUCAUACAGCCGGCAGCCAGCGCCAGCACUGGGAAAAGUAAUGCUCGAGCCGAUGAAAAGUGAAGUAAUAAGAUUCCAUAAAACUAAUUAUUAUUAAAUCAUCGCCGUUUGACCGAGCGGCCGCUCACAAGCGUGCAGUCAUAUAAAGUGACCGAGUGGGACCAAUCGAAGAGUAAACGAAUCGAGAACCACCGGGGUCGGAAAAUCGUGAUCCAACCCGGUAGAUCUGUGGCUAAACGGAGGGAAAAAGUUAAUGUGAUAAAUGUAACGGUGCAGUUUUUGCGGGUGAAGAAUUGUGCUUUGCCUAGAAUAGGUGAACCUAUUGAGAGUGCGGAGAGUACUGAAUUAGUCGUGUGAGUUAUGGUUGCAAAUUAUCAAUAAUAAAUAAAUUGAGGUGUAAUAAAGCAAUCAUAGAGUUUAUGGUGCGAAGAAUCGGGUGAACGAGUGUAGAAUUAUUCUGAAACCAAUCGACGGCAUGGACGAAGAGCUGCAACGACCGAGUGCAUGAAUCAGGCAUUUAGUUGAACCCAUUGGUCAGCAGAAUUUGUGUUUAGUUGGUAUUCCAUUGUUCGUUAUUCGAGAACCAGAACAUGAUUCGCUAGUCGGCGUGGUACCAUUUCAGAAUAUAAGUUGGAAGCUUUCUUUACGACACUAUGCGGAUUUUCACAACAAGAAUGGCACCCGAUCGGCAUCACCCGAAUUCCUUCCGUAGGUCAGCACCCCUGCAGUCGUCAAUGGUCACCACUGCCAUUCCGUUGGCACUAGUGACGUCCAUUCUGGUCCUGCUGCCCUUGCCAGCCAGGGCCGAGAACGACUUCCGAUACAUCUCUUAUCAAGAUUUGCUGCCAACGUCCGACCGUUUCACCGACGCCAACGUUACGUCAUUCUCCCGGCUGCUGUUCGAUGUGGCGCGCGAUCAAGUGAUCGUCGGAGCAAGAGACAACUUGUACCGCCUAUCUCUGCACUUAGACGUACGGGAGAAAAUGCCCUGGGAUGUUGCUCCGGCAAUGCGAAACACUUGUCUGGAUAAAGGUCAAAGCGAGGAAGCAUGCCGAAACCACAUCAUGGUGCUGCAAAACUACGGUAACCGGGUGUACGUGUGCGGAACGUAUGCGUUCAGCCCUUACUGCUCCUGGAGGCAGAUGGAAAACCUGACAGUUACGCGGUACGAUAAAGGCGUCGCCAAGUGCCCAUUCAGUCCCUUUGCGAACAAUACAGCGCACAUGUCUGACAACGGGAAGCUGUACGUAGGCACGACAACGGAUUUUUCAGGAUCCGAUCCGGCUAUCCUGAGGGCGGACGUCACACAAGAGAGUACCCGAAUGCUGCGAACCAAUCAGUACAACUCCAAGUGGUUGAACGAUCCUCAAUUUGUCGGUAGCUUCGAGCACGGAGAAUUUGUGUAUUUUGUGUUUAGGGAAGCCGCAGUCGAAUACAUCAACUGUGGUAAAAUUGUGUACUCGAGAAUCGCUAGAAUUUGUAAGAACGAUCCGGGCGGUACCCAGAUUUUAAAAGACAAUUGGACGUCCUUUGUGAAGGCUAGACUGAAUUGUUCUCUGGCGGGUGACUACCCGUUCUAUUUCAACGAAGUACAAGGAAUGGUCUAUUCACCAGAAGAGGGCGUUCUGUACGCUACUUUUACAACUCCUGAGAACAGCAUCCAUGGUUCAGCAAUCUGUGCUUUUAAUAUGUCUGCCAUCCACUCUGCCUUUUCUGGAGCGUUUAAAUACCAGGAAUCACUAGGUUCCGCAUGGCAUCGACAGGAUGCUCAGCAUCGUGAUCAUUUCGAAUGUCAUGCUGGACCAACGGCCCGUCAUGUAUCGCUGAUAGACUCGUCCAAGUACCAGCUGAUGGAUCAAGCAGUUCAGCCGAUCAUCGGUCAACCACUGCACUAUGCCAAACUGGAGCGGUUCAAUCUCAUAGCGAUUGACGUUAUUCCGACCAAACUUCAUGAACGAGUUCACGUUAUUUACGUAGCAACGGACGCAGGCCUCAUCAAAAAGAUCUCCGUGCUUCCCCGUACCAAAACAACUUGUGUUGUUGAAAUUUGGCGACCUGAACCCAGCAAAGAAACUAAAAUCCGAACGAUCCAAUACGUGAAAGAAACUGACUCGUUAUAUGUUGGCACAGAUAUGGCCCUGAGUCGAAUUUCUUCGCAUCACUGUAAUCGUCACUUGUCCAGGUUGAGUUGCCUAAACUCCAUGGAUCCCUACUGUGGAUGGAACGAAUUACAGGAAGCUUGCACAAUUGCACCCAGUGGAGAUACCCUGGCCAAAUAUUGGAUUCAAAAUGCUACGGAAUGUCCAGUUCUAACUGCACCCGUUGACGGGGGAUGGUCUGCAUGGUCCGAAUGGAACAAAUGUGCACAAUCCAAUGGACAAGUUCAUCCGACUAAUGUGAAUGAAGAUUUUUCCAGCAACGCCGAUUCUUGCCUCUGCAGGACUCGAACUUGCGAUAACCCAUCGCCUAAGAAUGGGGGGCGGUCGUGUACGGGGGUGAAUAUAGCCGUUACAAACUGUACCAUUCAUGGAGGUUGGACCGAUUGGUCGGCGUGGUCAGCUUGCUCGCAAACCUGCGGAAUGGCCGUCAAGACAAGACGCCGAACAUGCGGUAAUCCUAAGCCCGCUCAUGGCGGUAGAGUUUGUGUUGGCCCGGAUCGGGCGGAGAUCUACUGUUCUCAUCUGCCCCCGUGCCCUGCUCCCAAGCAACCACCAAUCGAUGGAGGUUGGGGUCCGUGGGGAGUAUGGGGAGAGUGCAGUGCCCCUUGCGGAGGUGGAUACCGUAUCCGACGACGUAAAUGCGACAAUCCGACACCUCAUAAUGGUGGCAUGGAGUGUCCGGGAUGUCAUUUAGAUUACGAGGUGUGUAAUAAUCAUCACUGUCAGGACGUGAAGCGAACUGGGGCAUGGACGCCAUGGCUUACAGUGUCCAAUGGAACACUACCCAACGGAGGUUACAUCGAGAAAAGAUUUAGAUAUACUUGCAAAGCGCCUAUUGCGGAUGCAUCACUGUUGAAAAUUAGCCCGAAAGAAGAAACCAGGGUGUGCCACGCCGACGGAUCCUGUCAAAGGUCGAGCGACAUGGCGCACAGCGGAAGCGAAAGCGAAGAUGGAUGGACAGAGUGGACCUCGUGGAGUAGUUGUAGCGCUUCCUGUGGUAGCGGUCAACAGUUCCGAACAAGAAUUUGUGAGAAGACUGACUGUGACGGAAGUAACAAAAUGGUCCGUGCUUGCAACAUUCAGCCUUGUAAAGGAGAAUGGGGAUGCUGGAGUGAUUGGUCACCUUGUUCGGUGACCUGUGGACUUGGUUCGAAAACUCGUUCACGUCAGUGUUUGUCGAUGUCGGGGAAUGUGAUCUUCGGUAACGAUUGCGAAGGACAAAAUAUGCAGUACGACACUUGUGAGAUGCCGAGCUGCGACUCAUUCCUUGGUUGGGGUGAAUGGAGCGAAUGGUCUUCAUGUAACAUCGAUGAUGAAAAGGUCCGAACCAGAAAAUGUCUUGUAACGAAUUCGAAUCCAAAAAUGUGUCAGGGCAGCGAUCGCGAGAUUCGCAAGUGCCACGUGGAAAUGAGUAACGAAAUUCCUCACGCCUUGACAGCAGGAACUUCUUCGGUAACGGUAAUCGUUUUAGGAGUUAUAGUUCUCAUCAUCAUUUUCUGUGCUGGAUCUGUUUUCAUUACCAUACAUCUUAUGAACAAGAAGACAAAGGGAAUGAAAGCUAUACAGGGAUCACCAUGCUAUGGAUCCUACCCGAAUCAGUACUCUUCGCUGCCGACAAAAGACUAUACCGAGGGCCACAAACCGAAACGCCAGUCAUCAUUCAACGGUCGAAACGACGCCAGCGGUUCAAAGAUAUCGAACGGCCACACCACGUUAACCAAGUCAAACAACGUUAAUGGAGCGGUGCACGGCAACAACACCCCCAAGGUGCUGGCCAAGUCGUUCAAUGACCCGGACACAGCCACCAUCAAGCGGAACUCUCACGGCCUGAACAACAUCCGCCACGCGCGGCAACUGGAGUUGGAAGAGGAGAAAUACUGACCGUCGGAUCCUGCGGACACCCCAACCGCAACAGAGACUGUGUGACUUCAAAAGUUUUCAAUGUUUAGAAAAUCAUGGAAAUAUGUGCAUUAUGAUCUCAUCUGCAGGCAGUGUCAGUAAGAAAAUAGAUUUGCACAAAGCAAUCUUUAUCACCAGGAGCGAUUGUAGCAGAAGAGAUUAUAUCCGUUUGUAAGUACAACGUUAGCUUGCAUGCAAGGCGUCAACUCAUCGCAGAAUAUUGAGUUGGAAACGAGCCUCAAAGCUUUCAUAAAACCUUUGUUUUAUUCAUUCGGAGAUUGCAAAUCUGAGACUACGGACUAGAUAAUAUAACUUUCAAGUUAUUUACAUGAAAAAUGUUGUUGAGGUAGCCCAGUCGUUUCUUGCAAGCCCGUACUCUUAAAGUAGUACAUACCUAUAAAAGUAAUAGAGAGAAGGUCCGUUUUAGCAGCACCCCAUCUAUUCCCGUUUACAACGUUUAUAUCCCGCGGCAAAAAAAAAAAACAAACAUUUCGAUUGUAAGCGUCCAACUCAUGAACAUUGCAGACAAGAAUAGCGGGUACUGCUCCAAUCAUUCGUUUCCCUACUUCGUAUGUUCAGACUUAUUACUGCCAUCUGAUUUUUUAUUGUCCAAAUGUAAUAAAUAACAGAUGCCGAUAGCCAAAAGAGGUUUUAAACUAUAGAGAAAGAUUAUCGCUUCGGUUCCUUUCGUUCUUUCGUCCGAAACAUGUUGAGUACAGAAUUGUCAAAUCGUAUUGAUGUUUUUUAUCACCUCUAUUCCAGCCAGUAAAGAGAUGUGCCGGGCAGUAACGAAAGCGACAAUCUUUCUCUAUAGUUUAUAAACUCUUUUCGAUAGCCUUUUCAGAUUACAAGCAUUUACCUGGUAUUUCGCCUGAUAUCAUAUAUGAUGUCAUCGUUCACUCAUCUUAUUUUCAUUAAAUGUGUGAAAUAAAAAUAAGAUGAGUGAACGAUGACAUCAAGAUACUCUUUACCAUGUCAUAAUGCUCGCAUUUUGAAUAGGCUAUUAAUGUUUUCGCGUUAAAUUUAUCAGCUAUGAUCAAAACGUUGUCUGUGCUAUAAUUUCUUCUAACACUUCAUCAGCAUAACAAAGUAUACAAAUAUUCAAUGGUAAACCAUAGCACAUUUUCAAAAGAUGGUGUAUUAUUUUCAGAACAAGUAGACUUAUACUAAAGAAGACAAAAAUCAUCAACCUUUUUAAGGGAUAAGUCCAAAUCGUUUGAUCUUUUAAUGUUUGAAGUAUCUGUUCCAUUAAGAAUAAACAUUCAUACAUUUACUUUGCAGCAUAAUUCAUAAUCAUUGUAAAUCAAAUCUGUUAAACUCAAGGCUGAUGAAUUUAGGUAUAACUUAAACUGUAAUUUCAAUAGUAUUCGCUAGCAUUGGUUAGAUAACAACUUUCAUUUGAAGGAUUGAGAAUUUUAACAAAAAAUGAUACCCAACAACGCUUCCCAUCGCCGAAUAAUGAUCAAGGGGCUACAAAUAUUUAACCAAAAGAACGCUAUUAUACUUACAAAUAUGUCACGCAGAAAAUGUGUAAUUUCUACUUAUUCAAGUUUAGUUUAUUAAUGUUUACACAAAUCCGGAGCAGAUCUGCACCUGGCUUGGCUAACAAAUCAAAUCAUAGGCUGUUUGAGGAUAGAAGGAAACUGUUAUACUUCAUUUCCAUUUAACAGUAAUUCGUGCCAUUAGGGUAGGGACAAUUUUUCAAAACAUAAUGAAACAAUUCGACGAUAUAAAGUACGACUUGUACAUAAGAAAAAAAUCAAUGAUUCAUAGUUUAACAAAAGAAGAAAAAAGUGGAAUCUGAUUUCACUCUAUAUAUGGUAGCUCAAAUUGAGCAGUUAUAAAUUUUACUUUAGAAAUACUUAUACUAGCUAAUGCAAGAAAGAAUAUAAUAGUUAUAGUGAUCAACUGAAUUCAAACAAAAGACUUGACUGGAAAAGACGAUAGCAAUUUUGUAAGCAAAAAAGACAGUUAAAAGUUAUAAGAUAAGUGGUGAAAUAGAAAUACAAGACACAUUUGUUAAGUUGA